AAUCGUGCAGCCUAUACCAAGCGAGACUUCUCUUAAGCUUCCUCUACAUUCCAAAAUUGAUUUGGACUAUGUGUGGAAGAGAGUUCCUGAACGACUAAUUACUGCUUGCCAAUCGGGCGAAAUUCCAGAUCCGGGUGACAGGCGAUGAAUGAUCCAAGUAAUUGCUGAUUACAUGCUUGACGAAUUUAAAGAUUGUACAAGAGGCACAAGUGAAAGAAUUGCUAAAAAGAUUUGCGCAAGAUAUCCCAUAUCUUUUAUGGAUAUCAUUGAAGGCCAAAUAUUUGGUAAAGGCAUGGAGAAUUUGCGAAUGCAGAUUUAUAAUCGUGUAAAUUUUGUAAAAAAAAUAGCAAGAAACGAUGCAAAAUAAGGCCAAUCGGUGACAGUGAUGAUGAAGACAAAACCGAAAACACCCGUUCUACAAACAAAAGACACCUCCAAGAUGAAUAUGGCUGCGUAACAUUUAAUCCAGCACUCCCUGCAGAUGAAAAUGAAAACUUGCAAGAAUUAAAAAGACUGGAGCUUCUUGAAUUAUUUAACAGGGUAAGUGGCCACACAGCACCAGCAGUAUCUAAUUUGAUGGAAUUAACGUACUCAACUCAAAGAAGAUUCAUUAUCGAAGAAGACAGAAACUUAUCAACCUUUUACACUGAUUGGCCAUUUCUAAAAGUUCCUCAAUUUUUUAUGGAACAUGCUUCGGUGCUGUUGGGGAAAAAUAUUUUUAAAAACUUGGAACGAAUCCUUGGGAAACAAAGCAAAACCAAUUAGAAAAUUUUUACAAAUAAAGCAAUACGCAGGAGUCAAUCAUGAAGAAAUUUUACAGCUUUUAAAGACAGCCAAAGAAGCAACUUUAGUAACAAAAGAUAAUAUCCCCAAAAGUGUUAUUGUCUUUCCGAUGAUUAUCGAGUACUUCGGAGAAAACACAGAUUGUUUAUUUAAAGUAAUCAAGGAUGACAUUGCAUAUGAGGACACUGCAAAGUAUGCUAUCUCCAUUUAUCCAUCCCUUAUAAUACGAGGUAAAUCAUUGUAUGAUGAAGAUGCUACAUGCGCAGUUGUACUGGAGAAUCAAUCUUUGAUGUUCUGUACAUUCGUAUUAGAAGGAUUCUUAAUCACUUUCAUUUCUUAUUAUGUCUAUGGAUACAAGUAUCCUAAAGAAGUAGAAUCUACUUUAGAAUUCAUAUAGAGAAUUACAAUAAAAAUCAGUCCACAAACAGGUGGAAAAAGAGGAGGGGCAACAAGAAAAGCAAAAACCUUCAGUUCUACGGUCUUCAACUUCGCAAAACAACUAAAUGGAUUCGCAAACUUAUUGGAAUUAUAGUUUAUAGACAAACCUACAUAUUUAUUUAAAAUAUAUAAAUUAUUUUAAAAA